AUGGCUCACCAUUUUUCUAAUAAGGCCUUAGGUUGCUUUCUUUUGUUUUCUUUUUUUAUUUCUUUUUCUUCAACCUUUACCUAUGGCCAUAGCCAUUUUCUCCUUGAUCCAGUUGUUAUUCCUGGUGGAAAUCUAUUACCAGGAAAUGAUUUUGGAGUUGGUGAUCCUCCAGCUCAAUCACCCGAGUCAUUAAUAGGUGAUUCUCCCGCUCCUGCGCCUGAAAUUGGAAGUGAAAAUUGUGACACAAGUUUUCCUAAUGAGAGGCUAAAACAUUCUUAUAUUGCAUUUCAAGCAUGGAAAAAAGCUAUUUAUUCUGACCCUUUUAACACAACUGCUAAUUGGGUUGGUCAUGAUGUUUGUUCUUACAAUGGUGUGUUUUGUUCUCCUGCUCUUGAUGAUCCUACAUUGAAUGUUGUUGCUGGUGUUGAUAUUAAUCACGCCGAUAUCGCCGGUCACCUUCCUGAAGAGUUAGGACUAUUGAAUGAUACUGCUCUUUUCCAUAUUAACUCAAACAGGUUCUGUGGUAUUAUUCCUGAUAGCUUUGAGAAUCUCACCAUGAUGUAUGAGUUUGAUAUCAGUAACAACCGAUUCGUCGGCAAUUUUCCUUUAGUGGUCUUAAAAUGGAAAAACUUGAAGUAUUUUGAUAUUAGAUUCAAUGAUUUUGAAGGAGUUUUACCUCCUGAGCUAUUUGAGAAAGAACUUGAUGCAAUAUUUUUGAACAACAACCGUUUCUCAUCACGUAUACCAGAAACACUUGGAAAUUCAACAGCCUCUGUUGUGUCUUUUGCAAACAAUAAUUUUACAGGUUGUAUUCCAAAAUCAAUUGGAAACAUGGUGAACUUGAAUGAGAUUGUUUUCUUAGGAAAUGGUCUUGGUGGUUGUUUUCCACAAGAGAUUGGUUUGUUAGGGAGUGUAACAGUUUUGGAUGCUAGCAAAAAUGGGCUUGUUGGGACACUACCAAACUUAGCAGGAUUGAAGAAUGUUGAGGUUAUUGACAUAGCACAUAACAAGCUUAGUGGUUAUGUUUCCAACACUAUUUGUCAACUACCUUUGUUGAAGAACUUUACAUUUUCUUAUAAUUACUUUAAUGGAGAAGCACAAACAUGUGUUCCUUCAAAAGAUUGUGUCGUUGUAUUGGAUGAUGCCAAGAAUUGUUUACCUGGAAGGAAGAAUCAAAAGACAUCUAAACAAUGUCUACCUGUUUUGACAAAACCUGUGGAUUGUAGCAAAAAGUGUGGUGGCGGAAAAGAGAAGAGUCAUGCUCCUUCAACACCUAAACCAACUCCAUCAAAUCCACCUAAGGUAGAGACACCAAAGGCUCAACCACCACAAACUCCACCAACACUUCCACCGGUUGAAGACAUUCCACCUAUGCGACCACCAGUUGAAGAUAUUCCACCAACACUUCCACCGGUUGAGGACAUUCCACCCAUGCUACCACCGGUUAAAGAUAUUCCACCAACCGUUGCACCAGUGUCAUCACCACCACCACCGGUUGAGCACAUUCCACCUAUGCUACCACCAGUUGAAGAUAUUCCACCAACCGUUGCACCAGUGUCAUCACCACCACCACCGGUUUACUCUCCCCCACCACCCUCACCAACCUUCUCCCCUCCUCCACCAGUCAACACUCCACCACCACCAGUGUACUCCCCUCCGCCACCCCCGCCAGUUCACUCUCCCCCUCCACCAGUUUAUUCUCCACCAUCACCAGUUUACUCUCCUCCUCCACCACCUCCAGUUCAUUCUCCUCCCCCACCAGUCAACUCUCCCCCACCACCAGUUCACUCUCCACCCCCACCAGUCUAUUCACCACCACCUCCAGUUCACUCUCCACCCCCACCAGUCCAUUCUCCUCCACCACCAACUCAGUCUCCACCCCCGCCAGUCCAUUCUCCACCACCUCCAGUUCACUCUCCACCCCCACCAGUUCAUUCUCCUCCUCCACCAGUCUACUCACCUCCACCACCAGUACACUCACCUCCUCCUCCCCCGGUCAACUCACCACCACCACCAGUACACUCUCCACCCCCACCAGUUCAUUCUCCUCCUCCCCCAGUCUACUCACCUCCACCACCAGUACACUCACCUCCUCCUCCCCCAGUCAACUCACCACCACCACCAGUACACUCUCCUCCUCCACCAAGAAAAUGGGAAGACAUCACACUACCACCACACAUUGGAGCCGAAUAUAGGUCACCUCCUCCUCCAACAAUUGCUGGAUACUAA